UGCAACCGUGUGGUUGUUAUUUUCAUGAUAGACGCCAUAUUUGUGGAAAUUGUCGAAAAUCCAAAAUUUUGUUCAAAUAAUUAAUAAAAUGGUGCGUGCAGUAAAGGAAACUGGGUUUGUGGUGGAGAAGAUUUGUGACAAAAGAAUAACACCAGAAGGAAAAGUUGAAUAUUUCAUUAAAUGGCGAGGAUAUCCAAGCGCUGAAAAUACAUGGGAACCGGAGGAGAAUUGUGACUGUCCAGCUUUGAUACAAAAGUUUGAAGAGUCUCGAGCUAAAUCAAAGAAACGGGGAGAGAAGAAACCCAAAGUUGAAGAAAUCCAAAAGCCUCGGGGCUAUGAACGUGGUCUUGCAAUGGAGCAAAUAGUUGGAGCAACUGACGAAACCGGUGAUGUAUCAUAUUUAAUAAAGUGGCAAUUUUGUGAUGAGCUUGACUUGGUCGCAGGAGAAGAAGUGCGACAGAAAAAUCCCGAGUUUGUAAUUGACUUUUUCGAGAGACGUUCGCCAUUUCAGCGCGUCAUUAACGAACGCUUGCUGGGUGUUCCCGAUGAACUACGUGUAAUGAAUAUGAAUGAGUUACAACCUACGGUCAUCAACGAACAAAUGACUACUGGUGAUUCAGAUGCUGUAAAUAAUGUAAAUACAAGUUUGGCUGCAGAUGACAUUACGCAGCACACCGCUAAUGAAAGCACUGGAAGCGUUGAUGCUACUGCAGUUUCAUAUUCUAUUCCAGUACCCGGCGUUGGCAAUAUCGCAAUAGAUGUGCCCCUUUUAGAUACUUCAGCUUUGCAGUAAAGUUUUUACCAAAAUAUGAUUUCACCAUUUCUUUACAUAUAAUAAAAUUUUAAC